AUGUCCGAGGACAAUGCUCGUAAGCUCUUCAAGCUCACCGUAAAUGUCAUCAGAACGCUCCUAUUGUUCCCAACGCCAAGUUUCUGCGACCGACUCCACAAUAAAGCUCGAUACAACCCUAAUUGCCGAUCUAUCAUUAAUUACAUCCCAAAGGGAACUGACUACCCCCCUGACAGCAACCCAGAUGAUUGGAAUAGCCAGUUUAUAGACGAGUUGGAUGCGAGUUACUACUUGAAGCUUCUUGCCAAUUGUGGGUUUUGGAUUGGCAUCUUGAAUGUUGAUGACAGCAAGGAUGACCAAGGCUAUAAACGUAAGAUCAACUCACCUGGCGCCUGGCCCGGCUAUGCCGAGGACGAAACCGCGCGGCCCAGUUAUUCAAUUCUAAGCACCUGGUCUGAGAAGAUCUGGGAAACGGAUAUUGGCGAUGAUAAGAAAGCUAUGGACGAACACAUCACCUUUUGCGGGCAAUUGAGUACGAUCACGUUUGUCACGGCGAAUCAAUGGGAAAUUAUUCAGCCAGCGCCGACAUUUGAUGUACUCCAACAUUUCUAUCAGAUGUCGACUCAAAGCGCACGGGAGAAAGGAACUUCUUCGGCACUGAGUUAUGCAGAAGCAGUGACCAGGAGUAUUGACAGACUCCAGGCUGCGAAAGAUGUGAUCAAUGAAUGGAAAACUUACUGCCAGGACAUUGCUAGCAACUUCAAGGUCGAGUACUUUGGGAACUCGGCGAGCGCUGUGGAUACCUUAUUUUCAAAGGAUGAUUGGAGUUCGGUGGAUGACUGGUCAGGUAAAUGCUAUACCGACGAUCGAAACUACGCAACCUGGCCAGAUCUGCGUAUAUGGAGUUCCACGCCUUGGAGCCUACAGCGACCAGGCUUAUAUUUUCUAUCAGGGACGCAGAUCCUGGCUGACAAUGGAAGUACCCUUGCUAUUAAAGAGAUGAAGGAAGGAGAGAAGGUGUUGGCAUCAGCUAACCCUGUUCAAUCUGCACUCCUCGCGAAACGUGAGCCAGUUUUUGUUAAAACUAGACUAGUAGGAUUCAAUAGCGAAAAGCCACUCUUAACAAUUUCUCAAGUGUAUAUGACAACAACUGGUCUUCGCGCAGUUGACCCACACGCGGCCCAGGCACUCAACCCUUUUUAA